AGAGAGGUAAGGGAACCUCAGAACUGGCGGCCUCCUUCCGGAACCGGUCCGGCCCUGAGCUCCAGUCGUCUGGUUCUUUGGGGCAAUAGUAAUGUUGGAGACACACUCCCCACUGGUCAGCUUUCCAACAUCCCAUGGUGUCGUGCAGGUGUGAAAUAUAUAAACAAUGAAGCUUAUUUUGAUGUCAUUGAAGAAAUAGAUGCAAUUAUAGACAAAUCAGCUUCCACAGUCUUUGCAGAAAUUCAAGGUGUCAUUGAUGCUUGCAUUAAGCUUUCCGGAAUGCUUGAUCUUUCCCUUUCUUUCAUGAACCCAAGGCUUCCAGAUGAUGUCAGCUUCCGCCCCUGCAUUCGUUUCAAACGCUGGGAGGCAGAAAGAGUCCCGUCAUUUAUUCCUCCAGAUGGAAACUUCCGACUCAUUUCCUACCAUGUCAGCUCACAAAAUUUAGUGGCAGUUCCAGUGUAUGUGAAACAAAGCAUCAGCUUUAAGGAGAACAGCUCUUGUGGCAGAUACGAUAUUACAAUUGGACCAAAGCAAAGCAUGGGAAAAACAACUGAAGGAAUCACAGGGACUGUUCACAUGCCCAACGUUGUAUUGAAUAUGAACCUAACUCCAACACAAGGCAGCUACACGUGUGAUCCAGUCACCAAGGUCUUAACGUGGGACGUUGGGAAAAUUACCCCCCACAUGCUCCCAAGUCUUAAAGGAUUGGUGAAUUUAUAAUCUGGAGCCCCCAAACCGGAAGAAAGCCCAAGCCUCAACAUUCAGUUCAAGAUUCAGCAACUUGCUAUUUCAGUCUUGAAAGUCAAUCGCCUUGAUAUGUAUGGAGAGAAAUAUAAGCCAUUUAAAGGAGUCAAAAGCUGGGAAGUUCCAAGUGAGGACAUGAGAAGAAUCCAAUGAAUAGCUAACGAUUAAAUAGCAACAGAAUCCAAAUCCUCAACAGAGGUCUCUUGCUAUUUCAAAGUCUUAGCAGAAUGGCCCUUUUGCCAGUUAUCCUUGAAUGCCUCGUGUCCACAGAAAACCGUGUCCACAACAUCACGUUCUUUCAUGAAAACAGAGGUUAGACUGCUUCAUUAUAUUUAUUUAGCAUGUUUUGCUGAGAUUAAAAGUCAUUUUGUAAUAACAGACAUGCGUGAUGUGACUGACAUCUCGGGCUGCUAAAGCCCAAGUUGAGUUUUGUCCAACUAGGGUUUGUUUGAUUAAAUGUGAAAGAAUAAAGAUAUUUGGGGAGGCUAAAGGCUCCUUGAUUGUUCUUCACAUGUUGCCAAUCAAACUAUAUAAUCAAAACACCUCACUUCAGAUUCUUUCCUCUCUCAGCCCCAACUGUUUCCUUACCCUCUCAGUCAGUCUUACCCCUUUUUAAUAGUACUCAAAAUCUAAAAUCUAAAUCUAAAAUCACUCAAAAUCUAAAGAUCAGAGUUGGCUCCAACCUGACUAAUAACCCAAAAGGAGAUAAGACUCUUGGAAAAGGGAUGGCACAUAGAUACUAGUUCAAACUUAGUGUGUCUUUAGAUUUCAUUUAAAUUUCUAGGGUAAUCCCAAUACUGCCAAACCUUACUGAUCUGCUUGCUGUGUUACCUCAAUUCAAUUGUCUCUGAGCUUUGCUGCCCAGUGAUCCUUCAACCUUCUGUACUCUUUCUAUCCCUUGUCAGAGUUCCACAACUGGGCUCCUUUAUUCCAUUAGAAUCCUUAAUUUCAACAUUUCCAUGUACUGUUAACUGGAAUUGGGCAUUUUUCUUCCUGCAACAUCUUUUGCAUAGAAGCCCAUGGUAUGCAAGUAGUUUUCCUUCCUUCUAGAAAUUCCUUCUGUUAAGCUUUCCCCAAUGAACUCUUUUGCUUUAUUCAAUAAUUAUCUUAUUUAGUAGAAUUAGAUAAACUUCAGGUGGGGGAUCUGAUUCCUAUGUAUCUUGCCAACACUGGCUGCACUAUUAAUAAAGAGAUAAAAGCAAAAAAAAAAAAAAAAAAAAAAGAAGAAGAAGAAGAAGAAGAAGAAGAAGAAGAAGAAGAAGAAGAAGAAGAAGAAGAAGAAGAAGAAGAAGAAGAAGAAGAAGAAGAAGAAGAAGAAGAGAGGUAAGGGCUAGGCA